AAAAGUCGAUGUAAACAAAACGGCAAAAACUCGACCCGCACAACAAAUGACAUCAAAAUCACCGAAUCGUUUCUGUUUUGGAAGGAGAAUCAAAGCGAGCAGUACCAUGCCGUCAAACUGGACCUACUCUGGGACCCACAGGAGGAACCAACGCAUAAAACUUUCCAGAACUUCAUCCUUACUCUUGCUGACUGCUUAUGUUCAGCUUCCAGUAAAGUCGGCCCAGGCGAUACGGUUCCAAUCAAGGCAAAAAUGUAACCCGAUAAUUUCAGAGGACAAAUACAAGUUGAUGAUCCAAUCAGAAAUGAAAACCCAGCAUCAAAGAUGUUUUUCAGGUAUUAUGGAAUUUAACAAAAUUUUCCGUAAUUUGUGGCGUAAGAGCAGCUGCCGUCAUUCUCAAACUCAUUCUGACAUCCGUUGGUAGUUGAUGACAGUCCCUGGAAUUAAGACUUAAGUAUACGACACAGUCUAUGCCGCUUGUUGAGUUGACGUAGGGCAGCUCCGCGGACACCACAAGGCUACUAUCCAGGCAAAAUCAAAGUGUUUCAGUACCAGAGGAAUCCGCUCUUAAAAGGAAGAGCAGGUGGAUUGAAAAAUCUAAACCAGUUUAUAAAUCCCUUCUUGGGAACUUACUUUAGAAGUUCGAUAAGUCGGCGUUCCGGCAUAUUCGGUAACGCAACAAAAAUUGGUAAUAUUUGUUUGUAGUAUGUACUAUUUUGUGAGUUUGUCAAAAUCAGUUGUGAAAA